AUGGCGGACGACGACCAGAUGCAGCGGCCUGGGGUUUGUCAUCACAGGCGGGCCGACCCUCACGAGGAUGUCUAUCUGCGAUGGGACGGGGCUCACGAUCGGAAGGAUUUGGCUUCAUCGGCGGCGACCAUUAGGGCAAGGACGGAGGGUUUCGGCGUGCGGGUUUUGGCUACGCUGUGGGGGACAGACGAAAGCAUCGCGGAGGGCCAGAAGUCACUGAGGGUGAGCAGUUUCGGCAGGACUGGGGCUGGCAUGAUGGUCGGGACUUCACCAUCGAAGGUUCAUAGAGCUAAAGAGUGCCUGGAAACUCUUUACCAGCCAAAAGAGCCAGGCAUGAGUUGA